AUGCCCAACCGACGUGGAAACACUGAGAGAAGAAGACGAAGCAGAGAACAACGCAGGGAAUCAUCGGAAUGGAAAGACACAGAGUUUAAAAACGAUCGGAAGACUCCGGUAGAUUGGUCUCCCAUAGACUACGGUGACUAUGGCAACAAAGAAGAAGAAGAAGAAGAAGAAGAAGAAUAUCUUUUCGAUGAUUCUUAUGCAUCAGAACAAAUCACAUCAAACAGUAAUCGGCGUCCUAUCGUCAAAACGAAAUCACCUGUUGUUCCAAAAAGUUUGCCUGAACAGUCAAAUUCCGUACAUGUUGAUGAGAAACAUCUUAAUAGCCGUCGAGUACCGAAGCGAAUCUACAGGCUCUUUUCCGAAAAUAAGUCUAAAACUGAAGUGAUGGAAAUUUUAAAAGAAAUCCAAGAUGAAGAAGAUCGUCUCCUUCAACUGAAGGAUACAGAUGGGACCGCAACGACAUCGCAAAUGCUUAGUUCUUUUCCUCGGCAAGUCAUUGGAGAACAUUUCAAACGAGAAACACCAGUCCUGAAAAGAUUUCAAUAUGGCAUCUUAUUAUUCAAUUCAGAAAGACAGAUAUUGAUGAUCCAAAAUCAUCAGGGUAUUUGGAACCCUCCCAUUGGUCACAGGAGAAUUAAUAAUAAUUUUCAAUUAGAAACAAUUAUUGAAACAGUUUUUCGCGUGUUCAACACACAAAUUUGCGCGAAACAUCAAUUUACCGAUGAAAUAUUUCAUUUUUAUGAUCUCCACGACAAUCAACACACGGAUUCUCAUAAAUAUAUCGAAAAACGAUUGAACCGCAACAAUGUACAAAAUGACUCUAUCGAACAAGUCGGAUUAUUUAUCAGUCUAUUUGAUGAUCCCAUACUUAAAUUUGAAUUACGUGAUAGACGUCAAAAUCAAACAUGUCAAUGGAUCUCAAUCGAUGAUCUACUUAAACAUAAUCAAAGCCUGCAAUGCGAUCUCAUCCAACCGUUCGUAGAAUAUGUUGAAUCUCGAAUGUUUGAUUUGACUAAUCAAUUUCAACAUUUGAUGAAUUUCAACAACGACGUUCAACAAAAACCUCUGGAAGACGUUGCUGCGAACCAAACUAUAAACACACCGUACCGUUUUUCCCUAGCUAAGCCGAAAAGAUGUCUACCGAUUAGCGAUGAUAUUUUCAGUCGUGCUUCUCAGUGUAUUGAAUUUGAAAUCGAUAACAAUUUAGCUGUAGUUGAUUAUAACAAUUACAAACCUGAACUUCUCGUCUCAUUCAAUAUUACACAGCGUGUUCCUACUGAUCAUAUGAAUAUUGGUCAGUAUGAUCAAUGCAUUCCGCAUAGACUUGAAAUUCCAUAUUACGAUCAGCCACGGGUGAAUUCAACCUUUCCAAAUCGAAUACGGAAAGCAUUUAUUCGUCAACCGAAAAAGACUUCGAUUCUUCCAAUCCUAAUCGCUGCGCAACGUCAUAAAAUCGAUAUUCAUAAAUAUGACGUAAUAAGCGAAAGGAAUUCCUUGACGAAAAUCGCCCUGAAUAGGGCAAAAUAUGUGAUGGGUGUGACGAAAAUCGGUACAACAUUAUUUCUCAGACGUCACGAUAAACGAAGUAUGGAUCUCAAUGCCAAUGGAUUUCGAUUUGAACGAAUGUGUUCACGACAAUACGAUCAACAGCUCAAUUUUAAACAAUUGAUCGAGGGACAAAUUGGCGAUUUUGCGACACUGAUCACAGCACAAGCCGAUGCAGUCCAUAGACCAACGCAUCGAGCCAUCGAACUGAAAUGUCGAUCGAGCGGAAAGAAUAUCAGCAAUUCAACAGAUUUUUGGUUACAAGCAUUUCUUGGUAAGUGCCACGCAGUCAGUGAUCGUGGGUAUCUGUACAAACGAAGAACCACCACGACUCAAAAAUAUUCGUGA